AUGAAAAUAUGGAAUGAGAGUGAAAAGGUUGAGAAGCGUUUCAGAAGGGUAGCAGCAACUGGCAUGGAUCUUGAAUGUAGGAAUUGGAGGGAACUAAAUCAUUUGAUAUUUGGUCCUGCAACAGCAGUAGCUUCAAUGCAAGAUGAAGAAACUGCCUAA